ACUAAUCAAUAGCUCACUCUAUAUAAAGAGAACCUUUUACUCAUCUUCUCACAACCACAACAACAACAAUUCAUAAGAAAAUUUAGAAACAUCAUACAUACAUGGCGAAAGACGUGGAAGGAGCAGAAGGAUUUGCGGCGAGGGAUUACCAAGACCCGCCGCCUACACCAUUUUUCGACGCGGAGGAGUUGACAAGAUGGUCCUUAUACAGAGCCGUCAUCGCCGAGUUUGUAGCCACUCUUCUCUUCUUGUACGUCACCGUUUUGACUGUCAUUGGCUACAAGAUUUCGUCCGACACAACCGCCGGUGGAGUUGAAUGCGGCGGCGUAGGAAUCCUCGGCAUCGCUUGGGCUUUUGGUGGCAUGAUCUUCAUCCUUGUGUACUGCACCGCCGGUAUUUCAGGUGGUCACAUAAACCCGGCGGUGACGUUCGGCUUGUUCUUGGCCCGGAAGGUAACGUUGGUUAGAGCGCUUCUAUACAUGGUGGCUCAGUGUUUGGGUGCUAUAUGUGGAGUUGGGUUCGUAAAGGCCUUUCAAAGCGCUUACUACGUGCGUUACGGCGGAGGAGCAAACUCUCUAGCCGACGGAUACAGCACAGGGACAGGACUCGCCGCAGAGAUUAUCGGAACUUUUGUUCUUGUCUACACUGUCUUCUCAGCCACAGACCCCAAAAGAAACGCACGUGACUCCCACGUUCCCGUGUUGGCGCCACUUCCGAUUGGGUUUGCAGUGUUCAUGGUUCAUUUGGCAACUAUUCCGAUCACCGGAACCGGUAUUAACCCGGCAAGGAGUUUCGGAGCUGCGGUUAUCUACAACGAGUCCAAGCCGUGGGAUGACCACUGGAUAUUCUGGGUGGGACCAUUCAUUGGAGCUGCGAUUGCUGCAUUUUAUCACCAAUUCGUCCUAAGAGCUUCCGGUUCCAAGUCACUCGGAUCCUUCAGAAGUGCGGCCAACGUUUGAAUUCAACCACACACACACAACAGAAGUAGUUACUCUUUGUGUAGUAUUUCGGCACAUGAUUUUUAAAAUAUGCCCUCCUUUUCCUCAUGCGUUUUUCUUUUUUUUUGGUUCCUCUACUUCUAUUUGUAUGAAUUCCAAUCAACGGAGUCUAGUGUUUUACGUUUUCAUCUUCGCAAUGUAAGUUCGUUUACUUAAGAACAAGUCACUUUGCUUAAGCUUAUUUGA